UGUCGCGCGCGCCUCUCAGUUUGUCAACACUCGACUCAACAGUACUACUCCUGGCCGCCGAGUCUACCGACCGCGCUGCGCCCGCUAGUGUGAAUUAUUGUGAUAAUAUUACCUGUAUAACCCAAGAUGUCGGAGGAGCAGACGAGCGUGGAGCAAGUGGCGCAGCAGGUGAAAGACGUCAAGUUGGAAAAUGGCGGCGCGCCCGGCGCGGCCAACGGCAAGGAUGACGCCAUGACUUUCAAGGAUGCCUUCAAAAUGUUCUCCAAGUUUGGUGAUUCCAAGUCUGACGGCAAGCAGAUAACCCUCUCGCAGAGCGACAAGUGGAUGAAGCAGGCCAAGGUGAUAGAUGGCAAGAAGAUCACCACCACAGACACGGCCAUCCACUUCAAGAAACUCAAGUCCAUGAAACUCGGCGUCGACGACUACCAGAAAUUCCUGGACGACCUGGCCAAGAGCAAAAAAGUCGAGUUGGACGAGAUCAAGAAGAAGUUGACGACUUGCGGGCAACCCGGCAUCACGCCACAUACCACCAAGUCAGCAGCAGCCGCAGCGGCAGUGGACCGGCUGACGGACACCAGCAAGUACACGGGUUCCCACAAGCAGCGCUUCGACGACUCCGGGAAGGGGAAGGGCAUCGCCGGCCGGAAGGAUCUCGUCGACGGCUCCGGCUACGUCACCGGCUACCAACACAAGAACACCUACGACAAGGGGCACUAGAUGCUUUAAGUUAGGUCUGUUUUGUUUUAAUUGUCACCCAAAAGGCAGGAUUAUCUGUGACGGAUUAUCGGAAAUGGUGGUUGAGAGCGCGGACGUGUCGUCUUUGAGGUUUCAACUAGCGUUAUAACGGUAACCUAUCAACAGUGUAAGCUCUUGUUAAGAGCCAGCUGUCAAAAAUAUCACGCUACACACUCCGCUAUCCUUCAAUCUCGAUAUAAUGUAUCCAUGAAUCGUGCCACCGAGCAUUGUGCUUUGGGCUGGAGCUAAUAGUGAAUAAUAUUGCGUAACAAUGGUUCCCGCUACAGCACGAAAGUAAAGGUCAUAAGUCCCAAAAAUGUUUU